AUGGCGGCUUUUUCUGGCCUGGCUGGGAUCUCAUUGCUUAACCCACAGGAAGAUGUCCAGUUUCAAAAGGAGGUGGCGCAGGUUCACAAGCACAUAACCCAGCAAAAAAAACAAGAACAACUUACUCCUGGAGUAGUCUACAUGUGCCACCUACCUAAUCUACUUAACGAAACCCAGAUCUUUUCAUAUUUCUCCCAGUUUGGCACUGUGACACAGUUCAGACUGUCCAGAAGUAAAACAACUGGAAAUAGUGAAGGCUAUGCAUUUGUGGAGUUUGAGUCUGAGGAUGUUGCCAAGAUAGAUGCUGAAACAAUGAACAACUACCUGUUUGGUGAAAGACUCUUGGAGUGUCAUUUUAUGCCACCUGGAAAAGUACAUAAAGAACUCUUUAAAGACUGGAAUAUUCCAUUUAAGCAGCCAUCAAAUCCAUCAGCGAAAUGGUAUAAUCAGAAUUGGACACUAACACAAAAGCUACGGAUGAGGAGCAAUUUAAAAAAAAAAAAAAAAAAAAAAAAAAAGGAAUUAGCUAAAAAAGGAAUUAUGAUUUUCCUUCUUCCUUCUUUGAUUUUCCAGAAAACAGAAAGUAUUUCAAAAACUAAUUGUCAGACGUCUACAAAAGGCCACGUUUUACAUAAGAAGAAGAAAAAGGUUUUAGGCACUCUUGACACUCCUGAGAAGACUGUGGAUAUCCAGGGCCUCACACCAGUUUGUACACCACCAUUUUUGGAGAGACGAAAAUCUGAAGUGGCUGAAAUCAAUGAUCAUGAUGAAGCUAAUGAAACAGUUUUCAAACAGCCCAUACCCUAUGUAAAAUAAGAAACACCAGAGACUCAAACACCUACAUAUUCACGGAAAAAAAGACGAAGCAAAAGCAAUCAGUGAUUUUCA